AUGGCCGGGUGGUGCGCCCUGAUCUCGGAUCUAGCUGCAGCUGCUAACGUGGCCUCUUGGGACUUCGAGUGGGCCAAACUUGCCGAAUGUGGCAUAAUCCUGCUUACGCAGAGCGGCGCCGCCCUCGCGCACGUGGCGGAGGACCUCAGGGGCGACCGCCAGCUGGUCUUCGAGGCCCUGCGGAGCGACGGCGCCGCCCUCGCCUUCGCGCCGCCGGCGCUGCGGGACGACGCGGAGGCCGUGCUGGCGGCCGUGGCCUGCUGUGGCGACGCCCUGCGCCACGCCUCGGACCGGCUGCGGGCGGACCGCGAGGUCGCGCUGCUGGCGGUCCGGCAGUCGGGGAUGGCGCUGCAGUCGGUGGCGGAGCCCCUGCGACACGACCGGGAGGUCGUGCUGGCCGCCGUGGCCUCCGACGGCCUGGCGCUACCCUUCGCGGCCCCCGCGCUGCGCGCGGACCGCGGCGUGGUGCUCGCCGCC